UUGAUACCAUCUCUGUGCUCCUCGUCACGGAGGAUUUUAUUAUUACCGAACCCAGAAGUGUCAAGUAAUUUAGAAUAUCACAUGGACGGAAAAAGAAAAGCUGGAACUGCGUUUGCGGCAGCAAGAAAACGGUCAAAAGUUGACACUGAAGAUGAACCAUCUGCCUUUGAAGAAGAGUUAGCUUCUUUAGAAAAAGAGGAAUCAGAAAAAUCACAAAGUCAAGGAUCUACUAAUGGGAAUUCUACUUUGAGUACUGAAUCCUUUACUGACAACAAAUGGGGAAGACCGCCAGCGCCACUGUUGAAUGAGAAAACAGAUAAUAUCAUAUUUCAACAGAUUGAUGUUGAUCAUUACCUAGGUCAACCUCUGAAGGGGAUGCCCGGCUCCACAAUAGGACCAGUUCCAAUAGUACGUAUGUUUGGGAUUACAGAAGAAGGCAAUAGUGUACUUUGUCAUAUCCAUGGCUUCUCCCCAUACUUCUAUGUGCCAGCACCAAAGGAUUUCAAAUCUGAACACUGUCGAAUGUUUCUUGAAAAGUUGAACCAAGCUGUCAUCCAGGACAUGAGAUCUAACAAAGAUAACAUCAGUCAUGCUGUUCUAGCGGUCGAUCCAUGUGUUAAAGAAAGUAUUUAUGGUUUCCAUGAAAAUAGGAAAUUACCAUUUCUGAAAAUAACUGUAGCAUUGCCUAAACUAAUAGCUCCUGCCAAGAGGAUAUUAGAGACUGGUGGACUUCAGAUUCCCCCAUAUUCAAAUAAAGGUUACCAAAGUUACGAGAGUAAUAUUGAUUUUGAAAUUAGAUUCAUGGUAGAUGCAGAUGUAGUUGGCUGUAAUUGGGUAGAGGUACCAGCAGGAUCGUAUCAAUUGCGAAAAAAAAAUGAAUGCUCCUCUUGUUGUCAGAUUGAAGUAGAUGUGGCCUGGGAUAAAUUCAUAAGUCAUCCACCAGAAGGAGAAUGGCAGAAAAUGGCUCCAUUUCGUAUUCUAAGCUUUGAUAUUGAAUGUGCUGGGAGAAAAGGUAUAUUUCCGGAGCCCGAGAAAGAUCCUGUGAUCCAGAUAUCCAAUAUGGUUAUACGACAAGGAGAGAAGAUUCCUUUUAUUCGUAAUGUAUAUACAUUGAAGUCGUGUGCUCCGGUGGUUGGAUCGCAAGUGUUGUCUUACGAGAAAGAAUCUGAAUUGUUAAAAGAAUGGUGCAAGUUUGUCCAGGCCGUUGACCCAGAUAUCAUCACUGGGUACAACAUCCAGAACUUUGACAUUCCAUAUCUGCUGAAUCGAGCUGCGGCUUUGAAGAUCCAGACUUUUCCAUUUCUAGGGAAAGUCAAAGAUUUGAGGACAACGAUGCGAGAUUCAAAAUUUCAGUCAAAGCAGAUGGGAGCAAGAGAAAUGAAAGUCAUUAAUAUAGAAGGCAGGAUACAGUUAGAUCUUUUACUGGUAAGAAGUCCUGUCCUAUUAAUACCUUUCUUAUCCUCCGAUAAGUAUAUUAAAACACCAUCUGGUAAUUAUUUUGUGAAGAACUCUGUACGUAAAGGCUUGCUGCCAGAAAUCCUUGAGAAUUUAUUAUCAGCCAGAAAAAAAGCCAAAGCUGAACUGAAAAAAGAGGAGGACCCCUUUCGUAAAAAGGUUUUGGAUGGUCGUCAGCUAGCUUUGAAAAUUAGCGCAAACUCUGUGUAUGGUUUCACUGGUGCUCAAGUUGGCAAACUGCCAUGUUUGGAAAUUUCACAGAGUGUUACAGCAUUCGGUCGACAGAUGAUAGAACAGUCAAAACAGCUAGUGGAAGAUAAAUAUAAUGUUGCCAAUGGUUACGCACAUGAUGCUAAGGUCAUAUAUGGAGAUACUGAUUCAGUAAUGGUCAAAUUUGGACUACCCACUGUUGGUGAAAGCAUGGAUAUUGGAAAAGAAGCUGCCGAAUACAUCUCUAAACAUUUCCCUCCACCGAUAAAAUUAGAAUUUGAAAAGGUGUACUUUCCAUAUUUGUUAAUCAGUAAAAAAAGAUAUGCAGGACUGUAUUUCACUCGUGCUGAUGUCCAUGAUAAAAUGGACUGCAAAGGUAUAGAAACAGUCAGAAGAGACAACUGCCCUCUAGUGUCCAAUCUUAUAAAUAUAUGUCUACAGAAGAUUUUAAUUGACAGGAUCCUGACGGUGCAGUGGGAUCAUGCUAAACAAAUCAUUUCUGAUUUACUGUGUAACCGAGUAGAUAUCUCACAGUUAGUCAUCACUAAAGAAUUGACCAGACUGGCAAUGAAGACGAAGCAAGUCAGAAUUCAACUUUCUAAUUUGAUGCGUAAACGAGAUCCAGGUAGUGCUCCUAAUCUAGGUGACAGGGUACCGUAUGUUAUAAUAGCUGGUGCCAAGAAAGCUGCAGCUUAUACAAAAUCUGAGGAUCCUAUCUUUGUACUAGAGAAUAACGUACCGAUAGACACACAAUAUUAUCUGGAAAACCAGUUAAGCAAACCUCUUCUUAGAAUAUUUGAACCAAUCCUUGGCGAAAAUAAAGCUGAAUCGGUUCUACUGAAGGGAGCUCACACAUUAACUAAAACUGUUGUGCAUUCUAAAGUUGGUGGCUUGUCAGCUUUUACAAAAAAGCGAAGUGCAUGUAUUGGAUGCAAAGCUUUGUUACCCAAGGAUGGAUUAGCUGUGUGCAAACACUGUGAACCAAGAGAGGCUGAGCUUUAUCAAAAAGAGAUAUCUAAUUUAAGUGCUUUGGAAGAAAAGUUCUCUAGAUUGUGGACUCAAUGUCAGCGUUGUCAAGGUAGUCUUCAUGAAGAUAUUUUGUGCACAAGUCGUGACUGUCCAAUAUUUUAUAUGCGCAAAAAGGUCCAGAAAGACUUGGCAGACCAAGAUGUCAUUGUGCGAAGAUUUGAAAAUUCUGACUGGUAAAACAUGAAGUGUACUGUAAAGUUUCAUGAAUGUACAGAUUUUAUACUUCACUUUGUAAUAAACAUUUGAUGAACAAGUCUAUUCA